CCUACACCAAUUCAAGAUGGCGGUCCAAAGGAAGUUUAUAGACAAAGGUUUGUUGAAGAACGUAAUUCGACACACUGAUGCUCAUAACAAGAUCCAAGAGGAAAAUGAAAUGUGGAAACAGUUUGAGUUAAUGAAUAAUAAAAAGAGGGAUGCAUCAGCAUUGGUUGAGUCUAAAAGGUUUGUAGGACGUAUGAGAUGUGACAAUGAAGAUGGUGAUCAGCAACCCAAAAGUAGUUUCUGGACACAACAACUAUUUAAUUAUGAAGCAAAUGAUUCUGGAAGAUGGGGACACAGUGGAUACAGAGAAUUAUAUCCAGAGGAGUUUGAGAACAAAACUAGCCAAGAGAAAAUUCAGAAAUCAAAGAAGAAAAAAACGAAAAAAGAAAAACGAACUGAUUCAAAGAGUAGAAAAGGCAGGAAAAGAAGGAGGGAAAAAAAGGCCAGUGAAUCCGACUUCCAGAGAUCCAGUGAAGAAAGUGAAGACACUUAUGAAUAUAAAAGAAAACGAAAGAGGAUUAGCAAAAGCAGUAGCAACGAACGAAGUUUAACGGAUACACGACAAAAAUGUCGUAAAACGAAGAGCAAAUUCACCGCGAAAGAAGAAAAUUCAGAGAUAAGGACAAAAAAAGACAGAAGAAAACGGGAUAGCUCAACAGAACGAAGUGAAAGGACAAAAACGCGAAGGGAAAAGAAGAGUAGAGAGAAACCUUACGCGAAAAGUAGUGAUGAAGGUGACAGUGAAGACUCACAAAGACAGGAAACAUAUGAAAGGAAUAAAGACAAAAAGAAGCAAAAACGAAAAUAGAAAGAAACUAGACAAGCCCAAGAAUACUUUGAGUCGGUUGAGAUAAAAACGCUGAAGAAAAUUCUGUAUGUUUUCUCACAACGAAUGAAAUUAAACGAAGUAAUAUUUGUUCCAAAAAACUGGAUUUUCAAAAGGAUACAGUGACGACUCACAAAGACAGUAAACCUUGAGUGGGUUGAGAAAAAAAUGCUGAAGAAAACUUCUCUAUGUUUUCUCACAAUAAAUUAAGUUAUUUUUGUUCUAAAAAAGUGUAUUUUUAGAAGGAUCCUAAAGAACGAUAAUGUUGCAGGCUUGUCUGCUUGCUCCUUUUGCGUAAAACAACCCUCCUGGUAAUUUCUUUUCAACCGAACUAAACCAUUAUUUGAAGUUUACUAUAGUUUGAAAAAAAAUCUCAUUCCGAAUAUUAGAAAAUACUUCACUUUAGAAACACUAUGACGUGCCUUUUUCUGUUCUGGGUGAAGUUUCGAUAAUAAUAAUAACAAACAAUAUUUACAGAGGAUAUCACGUAGGUAACACUAAGUUAAUUAGGGUGGUGCUCUAUCGACAUUACUGCAAUUUACUUUGUGGAAUUAAAAACUGAAGCUUAAAAGUUUUAAAUUACGAGGAACUGAAUAAACUGGAUCGUGUAUUUCGGUUCUUGACAGCAGUCGUGUAUUGUGCACGCUAGACAUUUUUAGCAGCGUUUUUCUAUGUUAGAAAAAUAAUUAAACUUUUUUUCGACGAACCGUGUUCGGCCCAGAUGCGGGAAUUUUAACCGUUUAUUUUUUGUUUUAAGUGAACCGACCACGCUUUAUUCGGUCAAUAUUUGUACGUUUGGACUUCAUGCUUGGUCAGUAAUAACCAUAUCGUCUCCUGCCCAAGAAAUGUCUGAGAUUCAACUCUCUUUCACGCCAUUCGCUGCGGAUGGACAUUCAAAAUAGUUUUGGGAAUCCGUCUACACGUGUUUUCUCAUUAGAAACGUGUUUUUGCAUGCAAAAUCAUUAUUCCGUUUACUUCCGUACCAACUGUAGAGAUGUUUACUCGGUACAAGGGUUCCGUUUCGUUUCAGUGGGUUAACAAAGCCUAGAAUCAAAAGUAUUGUACGUGUUUCCACGCGCUUCCUUUAAGUUUUAGACUCGCAUUUUAACUCAGUUUAAAAGGAUUUGAAAACCACCCGCUUUUAGUUGCUGAAGCUUUUUUUGAAAAGCGUGUUUUUAUUUUAAAAUGAAGCGACGCGCGAUAUGUCUGGCGGCCGUUGAAAUUUCAAAAGGCUGAGUUUAUCAAAUGCAUUUAAGUCUUUAUACUCUGUGAAUCCGUGAAUAAUAGUUCAAAGGCGACGUCACAGGAACAGAAUAUGUAAAGGUAUGAAUAUAUAUACACUGCAAUAAUAUGCGAUUUCUUCCGUGUCUCUAUGGGAGGAAAAAUCGUGCGUUAAACCCACACUGGGAAAAUUGGGAACUACCAGGUUAAAAAUAGAGCAUGUACCAUAACUGAUUCAGUUUUUUCGAUAACAAUAUGACCUGUAAUGAAGAAUGGGAAGACACAUUAAUCUAAGAGAAAACGGAACAUUGAAAGAAGUGAAUACAUAAGAAAUGAAGAGAUAGGUGACAAAAGAAAAUUGCAUUUUACUGAAAGUGGACAAAAAGCUGAAUGAAACAGCUCAGAGCAGUUUGGGGGUAAAAAGCGAACAUACGUAUAUCAGUGGUGUAAAGGAAUGGUAAAGAAAAAAAACUUGCACCGGAAAAAACACUGGAAGACUUGGUCCCUUAAGACCAUACAUUGAAAAUUAACCUCUGAUAAUUUUUGGAGCGAGAAGUUGUUAAUAUAUCACUCCAGAUAAGAUUUAUUUUACUGAAGAAAUGGAGUAUUAUCACGGAGGUAAAAAUGUUUGAGAUUCUUCCGGGUCCGUCCCACAUACAAGUCUUCUUUAGAACCAAAAAGCUUCAGAUCUCCACCCACAUUCCUUUUCGUUUCAUUUCUUUCAAGUUUACUUCGUUUCAUUUCGUUUCGCAAACAAAGCAGUAAUACUCAAGUGUGGGUGUGAUACGUGUUGCAAGCUUCCUUUAAUAUGUUUAAGUUUUCGACUCAUACUACAGACAGUGACACAAUUAGCAAGGAAAGCAGUCGAAGCUAGGUUGCCAGGCAACCAGCCUGUGUUGAAGCCUCUAAAAAAACUCACUGCUAUGAAAAACAAAAUCGUCUCUGCUGUCACGCAUUAAAUUGAAGAUGACAUUCCAAA